AUGGAGGUUACUAAGCUGCGUCUCUUCUUCCUUCCAGUGGUUGCAGUGAACACAGCAGAGAUCAUCCCGCUGAUAGACCUAGAAUGUGCGCCUAUAGCCACUGUGGGGGGUACCCCCCUCUUCAAUGUGCCAGUGGCAACACAAGACCCAGCUCAAAUCCCAAAGCCCCCCUGGGAUUUUUCCACAGCUGGCUUCUGUGAACCAGAUCUGCCUCUGCCCCCUCCACCUGAAAAAAUCCCCCCUUCAGAAGCAGGAUCCUUUGGGUCCCUGCCAUGGCCGGAAGUCCCCGAUGAAUGUGUCCCACUGCGGCCCAACACCCUGGACCUCUUAAAGCCACUCCGAAAGCUGGAAGAGGUGAAGCAGAUGGGAGAGCGAAGGAACCGUGGCAACACCAAUGUCAAGGAAAAUGGACUAGAGAACUGCCCAGGUGUGCCACGCAUCAGUGAGGAGAGGAAGGCACUCCAGUCUGAGCUGGGAAAGUGCAUUGAAGACUUCCGGAAAAUCAAGAUCCCUGCCUCUUUCCCCAACAAGAAGCGGCAGUGGCAAAAUGAACUUCUGAAAAAAUACCAGCUCUGAAGACACCCUGGUGCCAAGAUGUUUCUCACUCCGUUGGUGGGCUGCAGGAUUCCACCUUCCUGGAGGAGGAAGAAAAAUGUGCAUUAAUUUUGUCCUGCUUGUGUGGUGAUGAAGGGCCUGUGCUUCUCCAAAAGGGGUCGAGGGAGACAUUACUGGUGUCACUGUGUGACUGCCAAGGCCUGUCCAAAAG